CUCUCUCUCCCGAGAAGGCGGGCACCAGGCGGCGGCCACAGCCGCAGGAAUAUGCUGGAAGGCGGCGGGCAGGCGCCCGCGAGGUGCUGAAGGGACAGUUCCCGCCGCCGAACUUACCCCGCGGGUGGGGCGGCCCGGGAGCCAGCGGGGCACGUGAGCGAUGGAGACCAUCUGGAUCUACCAGUUCCGCCUCAUCGUGAUCGGGGACUCCACCGUGGGCAAGUCCUGCCUCCUGCACCGCUUCACCCAGGGCCGCUUCCCCGGGCUGCGCUCCCCCGCCUGCGACCCCACCGUCGGCGUGGACUUCUUCUCCCGCCUGCUGGAGAUCGAGCCGGGCAAGAGGAUCAAGCUGCAGCUCUGGGACACCGCGGGACAGGAGCGGUUCAGAUCAAUAACCCGAUCUUAUUACCGCAACUCAGUUGGUGGAUUUUUAGUAUUUGACAUUACUAACCGACGAUCUUUUGAACAUGUGAAAGAUUGGCUAGAAGAAGCAAAAAUGUAUGUACAGCCGUUUCGGAUUGUAUUCCUGCUAGUUGGACAUAAAUGUGAUUUAGCUUCACAACGUCAAGUUACAAGGGAAGAAGCUGAAAAACUGUCAGCAGACUGUGGAAUGAAGUAUAUAGAAACCUCAGCAAAGGAUGCUACCAACGUCGAAGAAUCCUUCACAAUCUUGACAAGAGACAUAUAUGAACUCAUUAAAAAGGGAGAAAUUUGUAUUCAGGAUGGCUGGGAAGGGGUUAAAAGUGGUUUUGUUCCAAAUACUGUGCAUUCUUCUGAGGAAGCAGUAAAGCCCAGGAAAGAGUGCUUCUGCUGACUUCAAACAUGCCAAAGAACUAACAGGAACAGAUUGGCUGUCAUUUCAGGAUAAAUACCAACAUUAACAGCAGAAUGAUGCAAUAAAAGCAUUUAAAAAGGUUACAAACCCACACCAAUACUAUUUUGUAAGGUAUUUGAUUCAGAGCAUUAUGCUUACUUGUUACACUACUAGAUUGGGGUAUUUUGCUAAAUUGUCAAGGAAAGCAGACAACCUUUUUCUUGAAAGUACCUCCAUUCUCACUUUGUUAGCAUACGCUGACCUUAGUGUCCAGCUAUGUCAAUAUUACUCAUUUUUCUUGACAGUUCAAAUGGAUUUUUGUGAAUAUAUAAUCAAUUGAAAAGAUUAUAUUAGGAAUUACAUUCUCUUGAGUUAAUUAAUAUUGAAUAGCAAAAUGCAUUUAAAUAUGCACUAUUCACCUGCAGAGUAAACAAUCUCAGAAGUGUCGAUUAGGACGUAAAUAGCAGUUCCUUGUAUAAGGUACCAGGUUUUCUCCCCAUUGUCUGGAAAUGUUUGUCCUCCCUUAAUUUUGCCUCAACACAAGAAAAUAAGUUUUAUGUUCAUUUUUGUUCUGUAAUUUAUUGCUUCUAAAAAUGCAUUAUGUUUUACAAAUAUAUCUAAAGGAUCCAGGCAAACUAUUCUAAGCAAAUAUUUGUAAAAUUAAAAACAGAGGACCGCUCACCAAAUGUUUG